CAAGCGGAGAUGAGAGGGCUAUGGCCAAGGAGGUCAGUGCCGUGAUUGGUCAGAAUCUGUCGGAGGAAACUGUGGCAGAGGGUCAGGAACCCAUUGAAUUCUGGGAAUUGCUUGGAGGCAAAGCUCCAUAUGCGAGUGAUAAGCGACUACAGCAGACCGCUCCGGACCACCAGCCACGCCUGUUUGAAUGCUCCAAUAAGACGGGCCGCUUCAUCGUGACGGAGGUCACUCAGUUCACCCAGGAUGACCUCAGUGAAGACGAUGUCAUGUUGCUGGACACGUGGGACCAGGUAUGAGGUGACGCUGUUUGUGAGACUAACCUUCUAGG